AACAAACCCGACCUCUCGUUCUCGUGAGAAUGUAAAACUAUAAAUGUCUGUAUUCUUUUUGCCCUUUACGGACUUUCACUUCUUCAGUCCUUCCUUCCAUCUUUCUCGUAGCCGUAUAGCCUGCCUCUCCACAAAGGCAUGGCGUGGUUUACUGAAGACACUGAACUCAACAAUUCCAAGGAUCCUUUUGAGACCCUUGACCCCCCUCCCCCUGACUUCUCCUUUGCCGAUUCCCUCCUCGAUUUUGAUUCCAUCCAAAGCUGGUUUGAUUCUAGUUCUUCCCCAGAUAUGCCUCCCCUUCUCCAUAGCACCACCAAGCUCACUCAUUCUGACCCCUCCAUUCACAUGGUACCCCCCACUGUUCUUCCUCGGCUCGACCCUAUUGAGGUUCCGCAACGUGACCAGUUGGUGACUUUGAGCGAUACCAUUGAGGAAGGAAUCGGAAAAAUUAGUUUGGCGGGUGGGUCUGAAAAGCCAUUGGGAAAUGGGGGCUAUGCCACUCAAUGCCAAGGAUUGGUGGGUGGGGGCGAAAGUUCGGAGUCUGGAAAUCCCAGUACAUCUUCGUCGUUGUCACCUUCUUCCACUUCUCCUGCGAGUAGUUGUAGAAGCGAUAGUGUUGGUCAUGGUGAUGAUGACCAAGAGGAAAGUACAUAUCCGGACAAGAAAGGGGAGGUUAUUAAUGAGGAGCUUGAAGAAGGUGAGAUACGAGGUUCUGCUGACGUGAGAGAACUGGUUAUUAAAACUGCAGUUGUUGAUGACGACGAAGGAGAAGAUUAUGAGAAGAUGGUUGGCUGGAGCGAUAUGAACGACGCUGACGAAGAUGAAGAUGACGACGCUAGUGGCGGGCCAAUCAGGUCGAAGAAUGAGCUGGAGGUCCUUCCUUCAGUUCCUCAAGUGGAUGUGACCUUAGAACCACGCCAUCAAAUGCUGCCAGUGGGAGUUGUUACGUCGGUUAUGGGCUCUAAACUCAUUGUGGAGGGACUGGAGAAGCAUGACCCUCUCGACGAGGGUUCAAUUCUCUGGAUGUCUGGAAGCAGAACACCACUAGGAUUUGUUGAUGAAGUCUUUGGACCUGUCAGAAAUCCUUAUUAUGUUGUGAGAUACAAUUCAGCAAAUGAAGUUCCAAGGGGCAUCUAUGAGGGUGCUUUGAUCUCAUUCGUUCCAGAAUUUGCCAAUCCUGUGCUCAAUGAGAAGGAUCUGUACAAGAAAGGAUAUGAUGCGUCAGGUGUGAAUGAUGAAGAGGUUACAGAUGAAUUGGAGUUUUCAGACGACGAGAAAGAAGCUGAAUAUAGGAGAAUGCAGAAAUUGACAGAAAGGGGCAUCAAUCAUCAAAACCGAAGAAAUAGGAAAGCUAACAGAAAAAAAGUUUCCCAGAACGCAAGAGCAAAGCUCGCCAUGCCAUUACUCAAUCAAGGAAAUAGCCCAACCUUACUAGGCGUUGGACAUGGUCAUGAUGGGACAAAUACUAUAGCCCCACCGUUUUCAUUUCCGCACACAAAUUUGAAUCCUCUCACGGCUUCGAAUUCACAACCUGCCCUGCUACCUAAUGGACUUCCUCCAAAUGGCGCACCAUGGUUUCCUCAAAACGCUUGGAAUUCUCAUCAGUUUCCUGCACCGGCAAUUGCAUUUCGACAUCAGUUUACCUCCAGUCAGGGAUCACUAUCAACAAACAUGAUCGGUGGAGUGCUACCGCCCAAUGCAUUUGCUCAACCCGCAUAUGCUGCCGGCCUAGUGGGUCAAAAGCAAAUAACGCCUGGGUCGAGCUCCCUGUCCCACAGCCUGCGGUUUCAUCCGCCUAAUUGUUCUGGAGAAAAUCAAAUGCAUUUCCAAGGGAAUCAUAAUUUGCGUCCCGGUACUACUUCAGUCAAUAGUCACUUUUCUGGUCAAUUUCGUCCAGGUUCAUCUGCUGGACGUGGAAGAAAAACACCUCAUCGAGGUGGUCGUAGAGAUUGGUCCCCAAUUUUGUGAAUGUGUUUUUACCGUACAUGAAAUAGAUCACAUCAGCGUGUAGUGUUCUGAAGCCUGCUUGUUUAGAAUUGUAAAACCAGUUUUUUGUUCAUUGAUAUUUUGGGUUGAAUUGGGCCAUUGAAUUUUGAAAUCAAUCCAAUGAGGCCCACAAUUAGGCAGAAAGAAAGCUUGCCACUUUCUACCCAAUAAUUGGUAUCGGUUGCUUUGGGA